CCACCCUUAGACUGUUCUAGUGGUGUGUCCAUCAGACAUUGAUACACCAUGGCAACGACACUGAAAAUAUCACUCAUCGGCUUCAUGGCCCUGAGCAUGUUGGCAACAUCGGAAGCAGGAUUUCCUCGACUGCAUUUUUCCGGACAGUUCCUCGCCGAUACAAGCACCCUCAACAACGACCCAUACAACUACAACAUCGACAACUUCAACAUCAACCGAGACCCGCCGUGUUACCCCAACUACACCUUCCCACACUGCAACUGGAACCCGAAAGGCAGCGGAGACUUCCGGCUGGUCAACUGUACGGUCACGAAAGUCUGUUACCAGAAUGGGAAGUGCACAACACAAGACCCUAUCGUGGGGAAGCGAAUCACUGGAAGUGACGACACCGUGGCUGCCAAGAUGGUGGAUCUGGACCCUUAUUUCCAGAUGUACACCUCUCAACUAUGGGGUCUUGUUGUCGGGGUAGAGGGCGCUUUUCAAGGUACGUUCAAGGUGAACACGGUGAUGGACAUAUGGCAACGAUGCAAGGAGAAAGGGUGUCCGGGGGAUCCCGGGUCGUCAGGGUACUGGAGUUCCGUGCUAGAGAAUGUGUCCUGGUUGUCAAAUAAAAACGUCUGUCCGACUAAAACCGUUGGAACAUUUAUCGAUCAACUCAAGUGUCCUCGUGGAGGAGGAUCUAAAUGGGCAAAAACCUUGAAUAUAAAGUUUACGGUAGACGUAAUGAAUGAAGAUCCGCUAACCCACGACUUUGCCCACGGACGUGUGGUCGGAAGUAUCUCGUCUGUGGACAAUGAGGAGGCCCUCAAGCUUGGAUUCCCUGAGUUCAACAGAAUGCUGUGGGGACAGGGAGUCAUCAGCGCCAUGGACAAACACCCGAUACUGCCGGAGAUGAAAGACUACAACCAUGCACCAUUCUACGUGGACGAUGUGAAUAAGAAAGUCGUUGUUGACCUCAGCAAUAGUUUACCAACACACCUGAACGGUACACUCGUCGACGGUGGCAACCUGUUUCUUCUCCUAGUUCAAACGUCCGAGUUGACAGUAAAGGAUGGUAUGAUCAAGAACUGCGAAGAUGUCCUUCACAACCCCAAUAGCAACGUUGGCUCCAUCGGUUAUACUGCGGAUGAGUGGCUAAUGAAAGAUGCGGGGAUUGUCAUCUUGGACAUUGACGGCCAGAAUACAGAGGGUGAACUGACGGUAAUGGUUGUUAAAGAGGAGGCUCCUCCAUGCCAGUCUUGUCAGAAACAGUGUCUACCGAUUCUUGUUGAGCACCCAGAAGGUCUGUACCUUGGUGCGGCAGAAGACCGCGUUUUCCGGAUCCCAAAGCCCACCCGUAAAACUGAAACAUCGGUAGAGGUAGAAGAAGAUGGUUCUUUGUGGGGUCGCUGGUGUUUAAAGACCAGCGAACCCACAAAGGUUCACUGGUCUUUAAAGGUAUUCGCUACAGAGUUUGGCAAACCCAAACAAGAUAUUAUGUUCAUUGUUAGCCUCAGUGAACGUAAGAGUAAAAUUGGCCUCAAUAAACCUAAGGAUGCAAUUACUUUUGUUGGUGACAAUCAAUGCCGAGAUAAAUCACGACGCAAAUAUACCACAGAUGACCGAGGUAUUGCAGUUAUCGAGUUUCAAACAGACAGGGAGGGUCUUGACUGCAGCAAAGAAGAAGUGAAGAAAAGGCGAGAACAGCAAGUGGGUGGGCAGUUGUACGUCUAUGACAUCACCAAAACUCGAGAUAAACACGAUAGAUGUGAAGCUGAUGAAGACAAGUUUCCCCCAAACCUCCAGACGACUACACACUUAUACUGUAAACAUGAGAGCAAAGAGAUCUACUAUUGGGUCGAUGACAUUUAUCCGCUAUUUCAGCGUUACGACAAUCUGUUUCCUGUCAUGAAGCCUCUCUUCAAUCUCGCAUCAUAUAAAGAAGUGAUUGCAAAGUAUCGUCCAUUAAUAUUCUCCUUAAAACUCGCUCUAGAGGAUCCAAACCACAUGCCUGUCACACGUGACCUAUCCCCAGCAGACAGGGACAUGCUUGUAAAAUGGUUACAACUGGAAAACCCACAGUACAGUCGUGAUAAGAUACAGUACAGUCGUGAUGGCCAAGAGGUUGAAUUAGCUGAAUUGAAAGCCAACCUUCAGCUAGCCCUGCGGUUUGAGUGGACGACGAUCCCCCUGUAUCUGAGCGCCUACUAUAGUAUCAAGGACGGGUUCAACACUAAAGUCGCCAGCCUGCUGAAGAGUGUCGUGAUAGACGAAAUGAACCAUAUGGCAUUGGUGGCCAACAUCAUCAAUGCUAUAGGAUGGAAGCCUGUUUUGAACGAUCCCGAAGUGUUCCCAACGUAUCCAGGUCCGCUACCCGCAGGCUGCCGCCCGGACGUAGCUGUGCAGUUGGCCAAGUGUUCCCUUCACCAGAUCCAUGAUGUGUUUAUGGCAAUAGAGAAGCCAGAAUGCACUGGGCAGAUCCAUGAAACGAUUAGCAGUCUUGAAACAAUGCUUUUUGCUGUGGACGAUGUUGAUGGGAUGCCUUUGGACGAUGUUGAUGGGAUGCCUUCGGAUGAUGUUGAUGAGAUGCUUGAUAAAUUAACCGCAAAGUGCAGGGAAGAUGUAAAGAACUAUGAACCAGACACCAUAGGGGCCCUAUACAUCCACAUAUUAUGCCCCAUGAUAGAUCUCAGCAAAAGUGGCAUUCUGACGUUUGACGGAGACCAGGCAAAGCAGUAUCCCAAAACAAUUAAUGUAACAAACCUGCAGACGGCAAUCAAGGCAAUACACCAAAUUAUCGAUGAAGGGGAAGGUGGUAAUCCCUGUGACCCAUUUUACCUUGAUCCACAUGGCAACAAAACUAGCCACUAUUACAAGUUCGCAGAGAUAGCACAUGGUAAGGUGUUAGUUAAGGCUCGGUCUGAUCACCAUGAUGCCUACAAACAAUACCGGCAAGACAACCACGAGCAGGAGACGAACGUGUGCGAGACUGAGCACAGACACGAUUACUUCACCCCAUGUGAUGGCAAAAUCUGCUGUCGUGACAAAUAUGAGUUCGCCGGCGCCAACAUACCCUUCUUUGAAAAUGCCGUGUGGCCCACUCUCGACAACCCAACCUCAUCCAAGUACCCGCCAGGCUCGAGGGCGCGCAAGAUGUCCGACCGUUUCAACGAGAAGUACACCGGUCUGAUGAAGUGCCUUCACAAUGUUUUCAAUGGAAACCCGGGUAACAUGGAGAAGUGUUACGGCCUGAUGACAUCCCUGACCGUCGAUGCCAAGAAAAUGGUCCAAACACCAAUCGACCCUGAUGGCAACCCCAACGUGGGGCCGAAUGUCACCCCUACCUUUGAGUGGUAUCCGCCGAUCAACUGAUAGACCACACGAGAGGCAGCAGAGUGGAGAUCAAAUCAUUAGAAAGAUGAUUUUCAUAUGUUGAUUAUUGUCUUUUCAUUUUCAUUUUGACCAAUCGAAGAAACACUAUUGACAAAAUCACAACAAAAAUAUUACAAUGCAAAUUACAAUCAGCGCAGUAAGAACACUCAGAACAAUCAUUGCAGUAUAGAGAACACAACAUCAAUUUUGUUUGUAUACUAAGUCUUGACUGUAUACAGUAUUAUGGCAUCAUGUAAGAAAAUCAGAAAGCAUUGUAAUAGCACAAAAGAGAUACUAGUAUAUAUGCCUGGAUGACUCUAUUUCACAGACUUUUUUUGACAUUAUCACCAAGCUUUAGCAUAAAGAAGCAAUGGAGCAGAGAAAAGAUGAAUGUACUGAAGUAUAUAGUUUGUAGAAAGAAUCUUUAAGUAGAGAUUGACUUAUGGCUUUGUAAAGGAACUGGAUAGAUAUUGAUUGAUCAUGAUUAGGGACAAUAGACAGACCAAGUGCAUGCCUUUAUUCCUGAAUCUACAUUAGAAGAGAUUGGUUAAUCACGUACUUGUGUAGUAGUAGAAUGGCUUCUUGGAGGAAGUUGGAGUUUAAAGACACAUGGGCUUUAUUAUAACUGGAGUAUCUUGCAU